UCCAUAUCCAAACACACCGUAAAAAUGACUCUGCCAGGGAAGACUGUACUUGUGAUUGGCAUGUAUACACUCUCGCUUUCGAGACAGAAAAGUAACUGGUCUUCAGGUGCCAAUCGAGGCAUAGGGCUCAUAUUCAUCAAAACACUGAAAGAACGCGGAUGGACAACAAUUAGCUCUGUCAGGCCCGAAACACGCAACGAUGCUUCCGCCGAAGAGCUGGCUGCAACUGGAUCGCGCAUCGUGGAGAUAGACUACAAAGAUGAAAAUACUAUUCAACAAGCCGCCAAGGAACUGCAAAACGUCAAACUCGACAUGCUCAUAAACUGCGCUGGUAUCGCGGUGCAGCCUCCCCCAUGGCAGAGCCAUUUCAAGUCGGAUUUGAUGGAGCGCUUUGAAGUGAUGACAGUUGUGAGAUGCGCCAGAUACGUUCUCCAGCUCAGCUCACAUAAUAGGGUCCUUUCCUUGCCAUCAAGCACUUCCUUCCGCACAUACUUCAAGACGGCGGCGGGAAAAUCGUCAACAUUUCUUCGAGCUUUGGAAGUAUCUCGGAACGAUGACGAGCGGUUCAUUGGAUACAAGAUGGCAAAAGCCGCUCUGAACCAGCUCACAGUGACACUGGCAAAUGACUUCAAGAAGAAUAAUCAUCCAAUCGGAAUCGUGGCUUUUCAGCCAGGAUACAUCAAAACGAAGCUUACGGGUUUCAAGGGAACCGUUGACAUUGUCGAAUCUGUAACUGGUAGGGUGAAUCUGAGUGAGACAAUCACGCCCGAAGGUUCACCAUAUUUUCUUAGUUGGAAAGGCGAGACGAUGGCGUGGUGA